CAAACGCCAUCCGCUUAAACACAUGCACACUUUGAGCAGUGGUGAUAAUGGGGCGGCCAGGCGGCUACGUGAAGCCGUGCAAGUUCUUCCUGCAGGGCACAUGCCGCAACGGCAACAACUGUCGCUUCUCACACGAGGCGUUUGGCGGCAACAACAACCGCAACAACGGGAAUAACGGUGGAUUUGGCUCACAGUCGCCGUCUCCGUUCGGGAACAAUGGCAGCGCAACUUCGGGUGUCCAGGGCGUCACAAUGACGGAGUCCGGGCGUGCGCUGGCUAUUGAGGAGCUCAAAAACCCACCCAUUUGGCCACUUUCAGGCUUCGCAGUCGCCAAAGGCCUACCGAGUAUUGUGGCCGGUGAUAUCAGUGCCGAAGAAGCUCGGUGGGAAGCUUAUCAAGAAUUGAAGACAUCAGGCAAUUGCAUGCAAUCCACGCAGAAGCUGCAGGCGCUAGCGGCGGAGCAGCAGAAUCAACGACAACGCGUAGUAUCGUUGCUGGAGAACCACCAGUCGGCGCAGAAGCUGUUUGCUGGUGAGUCAUUGCCUGGAACAGGAGGUUUUGGUGGACAGGGUGGAUCUACGAACCCGUUUGGAGGAGGAGCUGCCGCAAGUCCAUUUGGAGCGGCGACUCCAGCAGCAUCUCCGUUUGGAGGGGGUGCAGCUACUGCUAGCCCGUUUGGUGGUGGGGGUGCUACACCGUCAGCAUCACCGUUUGGGAAGCCUGCUACACCGGCAGCGAGUCCAUUCGGUGGAGGGAAUACUGCCUUUGGCGGAGCUACUGCUAGCCCAUUUGGCGGUGGCUCGACUACAGCAUUUGGUGCUCCUUCGACGCUAGGAUCAGGAGGAGGCUCAGCUUUUGGCGGUACAGCUGCGGCGAACCCGUUUGGAGGAGGUGCUGCUGCACCUACUGCAUCUCCAUUCGGUAAGCCAUCUACACCUGCAGCUAGUCCGUUUGGAGCACCCUCUACGACUGCUUUUGGAGGGGCAGCUGCGACACCGUCUUCUUCUCCGUUUGGUGGGGGUGCAUCGACUACACCCUCAUCGUUUGGGGGAUUCGUUGGUGGAGCAAAACCGGCAACGUCUCCUUUCGGUGCUGUGACACCGUCGUCACCGUUUGGUGGUGGUGCCGCUCCUACGUCGUCACCAUUUGGAGCACCUUCAAGCUCACCAUUCGGAGGCUCGUCAGGAACGACAGGUAGUGCCAAUCCUUUCGGCGCUGCAUCAACAAACAGCUCAACAUCCACAACAUUCGGUGGAUCAUCGUCAGGCUUCGGUACGUCCAGCGCCACUCCAUUUAGUGCGUCCACUUCCUCCAGCACUGUCACCUCGUCUCCGUUUGGAGCUUCUGUGGCACCGUCGAGUAGUCCGUUCGGAGCACCGGCGACGUCAACAAGCACUACCAGUGGAUUUGGAGGGUUUGGGAAGCCAGCAACGAGUAGUUCAUCGUCAACGUUGACGUUUGGAGCAUCUACAACAACCUCAACUACACCGACACCUCCACCAGCACCAAAGAUCAUUGGCCCGUCGCCUGAUUCUCGCGACGACACAUGGAACGCAGAGCAAUUCCAGCAAGCGGAGUUCACGUUGGGUAUGGUGCCCACCGUCCCUCCUCCACCUCAGUUUUGCUAAGUAGAUAUCGCAGCAAUUGCUGCUAGAUGUACACAAUGAACAAAAGACUUGGUAAUAUGCUUGGUUAAUCUACUAUAUAAAUAAGUGCGAGCACGAUGCCCUGCUUGUUAAUACCCGUCCAGACCGCUAAAUGAGCCAUUCGCGCGUGAUUUCUUCUUCACCAC